GAGGCAAAUUUCGAACACAGUUUUGUUGAACCUCGCACAAACGUACAUAAAAUUGUACCUUAUAUUCAACUUAUUUAUGAAAUCAAAACGGAGCUGACAUGAGUAAGAAACUCAAGGAACAGGCAGCAAACGAUGCAAGCGAAGGGGAUGCCAUCAAGGUAUUUGUUCGGGUGAGGCCGUCAGAGAGCCAUGAUGCGGACGCGGCCUUUGGGCAGUGCCUGGAGGUGCGGCUGCCUGACACCAUCAUCAUGCACUCCAAACCAGAACCCAAGGUCUUCACCUAUGAUCAUGUGACCGCUGCAAAUACCACACAGGAAUCGGUCUUCACAGCAGUGGGAAAGAGAAUUAUUGAAAGUUGUGUUGGAGGAUUUAAUGGCACUAUAUUUGCAUAUGGGCAGACUGGUUCUGGCAAGACAUUCACGAUGCUUGGGCCCUGUGAAGAUGGAGAUAACUUCCAUCAUGAAAUGCGAGGGGUGAUUCCAAGAAGUUUUGAGUAUCUCUUCAGUCUGGUGAACCGAGAAAGAGAGAAGCACGGUGACCGCUACGAGUUCCUCUGUCGCUGCUCCUUCCUGGAGAUCUACAACGAGCAGAUUUACGAUCUCCUGGAUCCUGCCUCCUUGGGGCUCCACCUCAGGGAGAACAUGAAGAAAGGAGUCUUCGUGGACGGACUGAUCGAGAGGGCCGUAGCUAGCGCCAGUGAAGCAUAUGGUGUCCUUCAAGCUGGAUGGCACAACAGGAGAGUAGCAGCGACCUCUAUGAACCGAGAGAGCUCCAGGAGUCAUGCAGUGUUUACUGUCUCAAUAGAAUCUAAGGAGAAGAAAGCAGGAGUGUCGAACAUCCGAGUCUCCCAGCUCCACCUGGUGGACCUUGCAGGGAGCGAGAGACAGAAGGACACCAAGGCCAUAGGAGUCAGGUUAAAGGAGGCCGGUAGUAUCAACAAGUCCUUGUCUAUCCUAGGCAACGUCAUCAUGGCUCUCGUGGACAUCGCUCAUGGCAAGCAGAGGCAUGUCCCCUACAGGGAUUCCAAGCUCAGCUUCCUCCUCAGGGAUUCUUUGGGAGGCAAUGCUAAGACCUACAUCAUUGCUAAUGUACAUCCCGAUGCCAAGUGCUUUGGUGAGACACUUUCAACCCUGAAAUUUGCCAGGCGAGCAAAGAUGAUCAAAAACAGGGCUGUGGUGAACGAAGACACCCAGGGCAACGUGAUGCACCUCCAAGCUGAGAUCCGUAGGCUGAGGGAAGCCCUGUGUAUGAAAGGGGCUGAAGGGUCGAUCCCCAGGGGACCCAGUGAAUCCGGUGAUAGUCAAAUGUCUAAUAGCAGCACGGAGAGUAAUGGGCCAGUAUCAGGACAGCAGUCAGGCAGCAGCGGCGGCAAGUGGAAGAAGUAUUUCUUGGAGGCUAUGAGUCUGAGGGACAUUGUCGAAGUCGAGAAAAGGGAGAUGCGAGAGAAGGUCAGCAGUCUAGAGGAGCUGUGCAGUAAACGUGAUCAGGUCAUCAGCUCCAACAAGAUGAUCAUUAAAUUCAGGAACAGCACCAUCGACAUGCUUCAGAAGACCAAGAAUAAGGCUUUGUUAAAAGAAGACAGAGACCUCCUAAAUGAGAACUUGAAGAAAGAGAUUGAGCAGCUGCAGGAACAGCUGGAGCACAACCCCUUUGUCAUGCGCUACGUUGUGGAGAACCAAUCCCUGAGAGCACAGAACAAGAAGCUGAAGAUGAUGGAGGCCGUACGUAGCGGGGAAGCCAUGGCUGCAACCAAGGCCGAGGAGCUGGAGACACUCUUCCUUGAACUCAGAGAAGGAUUGUCCAAGAAUCGUCGGUACAGUAGCACUCCUGUAGACGGGGAGAAAGUUCCAACGUCAACUUUGGUCAUCCUUAAAUCACAGAUCAAGAAGCUGCAAGAUGAGCUGGAAAAUGCCAAGCAGGAGCACGCCGAGCAAGAGGAGAUGACAAGGACGACCCGUCUUGACCUGGAGUCAGAGCUGGCAGCGUACAAAAAAGCCAACCUUGACAUGGAGAAGACGCUGCAAGGAAUGAAAAUCAAGAACAGGAUGGACCGGGACGCAAUGAAUGACAUCCAUAUGCAGACCAUCAAAUCAAUCACCACACCCAAGAAAGUAACCUACCAGCUGCGUUCGCGUACGGUGCUCCGAACAGCGGGAGAGACACCGGGCGGGCCUGGUUUCGCUGGCUUGUCUGAUAACGGCAGUCCCUUGAGGAGCCACAGCGCAAACAGUCUUGCCCCCAGUGGGGAUGUGUUGGUGACUAACUCUUCGCCUGCCAUGUCGGAGGAAGGGAUCAUUGAUGAGGAGAUGCCGGAGCAUGUGAUUGAACAGUGCAACGAGGCUCUUACCAUUGAGCUUCAGAAGCUGCAGGACAAGAAUGCCAAUCUUCAACAGCAGUUGGAGGAGCAUGAGUCACAGAAACACAAGAUGUUGCAGAAUAGCAGUAAAUUGGAUCAUCAGCUACAGCAGAUUACAGAGCUCUAUUCGACCGAGUCCCAGGCGUGGCAGGAGCAUGAGAAAGACCUGACCACCAGGCUAGCCGAAGCAACCAUCCAAAUCAGCACCCUGCAGAGAGACUAUGAGAUGACCAGAGGGGAGGCGGAAGACUUCAAGGUGAUGCUUCAAGCCGCAGACAAGGAGAUCGGACAGGAGAAGAAACAGAAGAGCAAGGUCACCCAGGACUGGGACAGGGUUAGGGCAGCCCUUGAUGCUCAGGUGGUACGGCUAGAGAAUGAAAUGUGCGGCCAAUCCAGAGAGUUGGAGAACCUAACGGAAGACAGAGAACAGCUCCAGGAUGCAUACAACACCUUGCAAGCGGAGCACGAGUUCCAGCAGCAGAGGGAGGCAGACUUGGAAAACAGACUGAAAGGAAAGAAAGCCGAGAUCACGCAGCUCCAAGAAGAGAUACAGAAACACCUGGAGAAGCUUGACAGUGAGCGUGAUAAGAGCAUGCGGUUGACUGCGGAGCUGCGGCAGGGCGACAACACCAAGAAGGAUCUCCUAGAUGCCCAGGAACUCAUCGAUCAGUUCAGAGAGGAACGGGAUGAUCUCCUUCACAGACUUGAUACAGAGGCGCUGAAGCUAUCUUCUUCAAAGGAUGAUUUGGAGACGGUCAACUCUGCCCUGACAGCAAUUAAGAAAACUGAUGUUGAACAGAAGGAAGCCUUGUCCAGCCUCAUGACAGCCCUGCAGGGUCAGAAGGGAAUGGUCAAGGAUAAAGAAGAGCAACUAGCCAGCAUGCAGAUGCAAUUGGAAGACACCAGGGGGCAGGUGUCCCUCCUGGAAGCUGCACUGGAAGAAGGAAAGGCCAGCGGGGCGGGGCUUCAAAGCCAGAUUGCAGCACUGGAGGACAGGAUGCACGCGCAGGCUGGAGAUUACCAAGAACAGAUUGAACAGAUGAGGGCUGAUGCUAUGGACGCUAAUCAACACCAGAAGGAGUUACUCAAAGAACUUGAGAAACAGUCCGAGGAGCUUACUCAACUUCAUAAACAGAUGAAGGAGAAGGAAGAAGAAUACGAAACAAAGGAAUCGGAACACAAGGACACCAUCGAAUCCCUGGAGGAGCAGCUCGAGGAAGUCAAGACCAACCUCUCCACCGUGGUCGUCGAGCUCGAUGAACCUGAAUCCAAGAAGAGGAAGAUGGCCGACGCCCAGGCUAUGGAAAUUGAAUCGUUGCGGGAUUCAGAGAAGCGGUUCAAAGAGCUCUCCAGUGUGUAUGACAACAUGAGGGAUCAGAUGAAUGAAGAGAUCAGAUCACUCAAGAUGAAAGCCGAUGAACUGGAAGAUGUGCGCAUAUCCAAGGAGAUCCUUCAAGCCCAGCACACAGCCCUGACGUACGAGAUAGAGCAAGUUCGAAACGAGAUGGCAGAAAAGGAAUCAUCAUUAAAAGAUGAGGUGAAUCACCUCAAAAGAGACAUGGAACGUCAGAAGACAGUGCUGGCUAGCAUGCUCCGAGACAAAGAUGAAGCCGUAGAGAAGCUCUACACUGUCCAAACAACAUUGGACCAAGUCAAGGCUAAUGAAGAAAUAUUACAGGAGAACAUGGACCAAGUGAUGGAAGAAUUAGAUAGGACAUCUGCCCUUGAGAGCACACACUUCAAGGAGAAAGAGGAUAUCAAGUCCAAGCUGGAGGAGGAAAGAGAAGAAAAGUCAAAACUUACCAAGGACUUGACCAGAUUGAAGGAAGUGUACGAAGAAGCUGAAAAGAAGAUCACAGAGUUAGGCGGUCAUCAAAAUCCCAAGCAGAAGAUACAUCAUCUACAGGCUGUCAAGUCUGAAAACUACUUCCUGAAAGAGCAACUUGGCAAGGCGCAGUCUGACAGUGAACAGAUGAAACGCGACUAUGAAACACUUCAGAAGAGGGUUAACCAGCUCAUCAGCGGAACCACCGGAGGAGGAGGCAGGAGCCACCACCUGCAUAAGAUGCCUUCCACACUCAAAGAGAAUAACGCAGACCAGGACAUGAGCUCUGACACCAUGUGAGGAUGAGCUCCAAUGCAAUGCUUUCAAAUCCAUACAUGUCCACAGAAAGUGCGUACACAAUAGGCACAAAGGCCCUCUUUGGAAACCUGAUGCCUUGAUGACAAUGCACCUGUGGUUUGUCUGUCCUGGAAGGGGGGGGGAGGGGUGGAGGGGCAUCCUGUUGUAAGUAGCCUUUGUUGCACCAGCCCUUCACCUCCCACAAAUCUCAAAAAGAUGAUCUUUGCGUCCAUCCCUGCCUUUCGUCGCCAUCUUUUUCCAGGUGAAAUGAGCAAAAGAGGUUUGUGGAUGCUAUGACGACAGUUUUGAAUGGGGGUCAUUCACAUAUCAAGACUCAAUCCAGAACGUUUCCAUCUUCACCCUCACAAGUCCCAACUGAGAUCUGACAUUUUCUCCAGCGACAACUCAUGAAGGCUUUAUUUAUUCAAAGCUAUACUAUCAAACCUAUGGUUAGGGUUGCGAUUGGGUUUUAUGGUAGGUUUAAGUUUAGGUAUAGUGUUAGGUCCAGGGUUGAAGUUUAGAAUUUGGUUAGUGUAGGAAAUUACUGUCGAGCAACUGUCGCAGGUCUCUUGGUCAUUCAGCCAUCUCAACUGCUGUCCAUAUUCUUAAGGGAUUGGGAGGAGAUAAAAUGGAGAAGAAAAAACAGAUCACCAAGUGUCUUGCUUUUUUUAACAUGUGGCUCUUAUAAUUGUUCAAAUCUUCAUAUUUAGUAGCUUGUCUCAGUUCAUUUGUGUAUGAAUGAUAUGUGGAAAGGUUUUACACUGCCUUAUUUAUAGUGAAAUUGUAGUGUUUACAUCAUAUAGUAAAUUUAAGAAGUUUGUCAGUUGAAAACGUACUUCUCCUUACUGCAUAUGGCCGCUAUUACACUGUAGCUCUUAAUACUGAUAUCAGGGUCAAAGGUGCCGAUCUGUUGAAGUCGCUUGAUCUGCUUACAUUCUUCAUUUCUUUGCUCAGAAUGUGGAACUGACUUUGAAGCUUCAUAUAUUUCUUCUAUAAAACCUCAUCAGAGAAACAAGUAUGGUCUAUGACCAGUUUAGAAGAAUGCAUUUCAAAGACUUCCUUUUUGCUAGGAUGAAUACUUUUAUCAAAAUAAUGUCUGAGACAAUCAAUACCAAAGAUAAUUAUGUGCAUGGGAUAUUACACCCGAAGUGCUUUUCCAACAACUCGGCGGAUGUGCAUGCCAGUAAAACAGAGUUUCACUAGUUUUUUAGAAGAUUUAGAGAGCUAUAUGCAAUAAGGAGAAAUAUAAAGUAUUGGAUUUUGAUACAUUGUGAAGGCAGACAAAAAAAAGUAGACAAUCUUGUGCAAUUGACUGACUUUGGUUUUUAAUGCCACUAUCCCAUGCACGUUAAAUAUGUGUAGCGCUGCCUGUGAAACUAAUAAGAAAGCAAUCUUUGAUGAUGCGUACAAACUUUGACAAUAAUUUUCUUGUUUCAGAUAUAAGUGAUUGCAUGCAAUGACUUAAAUACUAUGUUAGAUGUGAUUUUUUUUCUUCCUUCAAAAGUAUAUUCCCCAUAUCUUGUGGCGUGAUUUUGUAUGUACAGCUAUGAAGCAUGAUAAAGAAUUAGUGGUUAAUUAAAUUUAUAUACAUUGUAAAUAAUACAUUUUUUACUGUCAUGAUCAUUGCUAUAUAAGUUUUAAAGGGAUACCAUUUUCUUUUACCGAUUUCAAUCACUAUGAUGGUACUAGUUUUCUUGUCAAGGUUCAAACCAAAGUGUGGUGAAAUUUGAAUUAAACUGAUUAAUCAAGAGAUACAAAGUAGAAGGAUGUGGUGUACACCGAAUCAUGGUUGGAUUACACUUAAUUCAUUUACUGCUAGACUUCCUUCAUUCAUAGUUGAACUUGAUUGUAGAUAAAUAUUUGGUUCAUAUCUAACUUUGAUUGUCUCAAGCUUUUUAACAAUGUUGAUCAAUUUCUAAUGUAUGCAGACUGCACAAUGUAAAUUGUACUGUAUUAAUUAAUUGAACUAGUUUACGACUUCUCAUCAACAUCGCUGAAUUAAUGUAAUUAAUUAGGAAACAAAUUAAUAUAAUUACUGAUAUUUCAUUUAAGAUUGCCUUAUGUGGAGUCAAUGAAGUCCACAGAUCAAGAUUUUAUAAAAGAAGAAGUUUUUUUUAAUGUCAAUUACUGAAUUAAAAAUCCAUCCCAAUUCGUUGUCAAUAUACAGUAUGUUUUGCUCAUGUCAAUGCCCGUUAUCAUGUUUUUGGCUUAGAUAUAUGUAAUGUGUUACAUCGCAUGCAGCUAAUGCACUUCUUUCUCUGUACAGUGAACUUUCAGUAUUAAUAUAUUUAGACUCAUUCGACUCAAUUGACAUUCAAAUAGACCUUUGCUAAUGAAGAAAUAUACAUAACAGGUGCUUAAGUGAAUUAACAAUUUAGCAAACAUUUCCCAUUCUUGUCUACUUUAAAGAAUUCUAUUCCAUGCCCAUUCCCCUUGUCAUUGCGUUUCUAAUUGUUUGAAUGUGAUAAGAAGAAGGAGAAAAAAGUGCUUGUGCUUAAUUGAAUCAAUUACAUGGGAGCUUUAUUCAAUUAAAUAGUAACCAAAUACAUGUGAUAAGAUCAUUACUGUUCCAGAAUACCCACAUAGUUCAUCAAUUAUUGAAUUACAUCAUUUGAAGGCAGGAACCUGAUGUUCCAAUUAUAUGAUAUUUGAAACAUAGGUGUGUCGCUCUUCAAAAUUUACCUGAAGUGACUUUGAGUGGAGGGAUGGGGGGAGAGGGGGGGGGGGGGGGUGAUGGGAGAGAGUCUUUUGUGUCAUUUUGUUUGUAAGGAGUCCAUUUAUAGUACAUGUAUUUAUGAUUAUAUUUGUGAAUUGUGAAUGGUUAGAUUUAAUUGUAAAUAUGUAUAUUUUCUCUGUACUAUAUGACAAAGUAUGUGAAUUACGUCAAUUCUACUCAGAGUCUAGAUUUGAGGAAACCAAGACAGGCACUGAUUAGUUCUAUAAAUAUGUAGGUUCAUGUAGGUAGGCCUACAUGUCAUUAUGCAUCCUCAUUUUGUUACAUAAAAUAUAAAAACUCCUUCAUUUUACCCCAUUUUGUUUAAUAUGUACACAAUGUCAUGAUUUUCAUGAAAACGAAUCUGACUGGCAAAUACAUUAAGUGGCAUAAAAUCAGUAAGUGUCGUCGUAAAGAUGGGACAGAAAAAAUGGUAGACUGCUUAAUUUGAUCUCACUCUAUGAAUUAACAAAUUUACUCUUCAUUCUUUCACGUCAAUCCAUCCCCAAGAUACCAUGUACAUAAUGUCGUAAUGGUGAUCGUUAUAAAUCUGGAGUUGGCGAGCAAGUGACACAAAAUCAAUUACUGAGAAGAGUAAGGGAGAAAAGUGUGUAUUGAGAAUUUCUAGCCUUCAUUUGGCCUAAUUUAUAAUGCAACACAGAAAAUAAAACUACACACGCAUAAUAUAAUUAUAGUGAUUUACAUCACUUCUGUAGAUUUGUGCGUUCUUAUUUCUAUUUUUAUAUAUGGGGUUGUAAUGGCUAAGCGCCAGAGAUUUGUAUUACUUUAUACGGUUACAUCACAUGUUAACUCUUUGCAUACUGGAACCAGGUGGUUCAUACAUAAAAGACUAUGGAAAUGAGUGAAUUCAGUAGUCGAUGGGUAAUUGCACUUAAAUUAAGAAUAAUAGCUUGUCUUGGGAGAGUAAGGGGAAAAGAAUCUAUAAAUAUUAUUUUUGUUUUCGAUGUUACCUUUCUGGGGGGCAUUUCAAUAAUGCCUAAUUAUAAGAUCCCACAAGGUUCAAAAUUUGAAUUAAAAGUAUUUCCAAAAUCUAUAGAUUAAUCCUGACCAUGAUGUAUGUACACUUGGACAUUGCAUGUUCUGUCUUUUAAUACCGCCAAACCAGGAUAGAAGCCUAUGUUCACUUUAUUAUGUAAGAUAAAUAGUCAUGAAUAAAUUUUUAUGUAAUAUAAUUACUUAA